AUGGAUGAUAAUUUGAAGGAAUAUGAGAAGUUGAAAGCUGAACUAAAGAAAUCCAUAGCUACCAAGAAUAAAUUAGAGGAUGAUUUCGAACGUUUAGAACAAGAAAUCUACGAUACGGAAACUGAAUAUUUCUCUGGCAAUAACACAACUAGCAAUACGGGCAUUGCUGGUAAUAGGUUCUCAUAUGGUGGUAAUAUUAUCAAAGGUUUUGAUGGGUUCAACAAGUCGCAUCACCACUCAGCGGGUCACGAUUCUCAUAACCGUGGAUUUAGUAAUGACGAUCGUAUCUUCUCUCUGAGUAGUGCAAUUUUCGUCAAGCAACAGCAGCAAAUGGAUGAUUGGGAAGUUGAUUAG